GAUCCCAAAGUGCACCAUAUCAACUAAAAGAUUUUAGAGGAAGUAACGGAGAAGUUAUGGGUAAAAAUCAAUAUUAUUCCCUGUGUUGUCUUGGACCUCGGAAUCCUAUACGAGCAUUAGCGACGCUGAUUACCGAAUCAAAAUAUCCUUUUCUAAAAAUCUAUGUUUUUUUUUUCUUUCUUUUUUUAACUAUAAUUUUCUGCUUUUAAAAUAUAGUUAAGGAAUUUAAUUUGUUCAGUGUACCAUUAGUGUGGUCUUUUAUUGUUUUAUUCUUUGUUUAGUGUUUCUUCUUUCUUCUAUUCUUUCUAUGUUUGUGACGUUUUUUUUUCUUCAUAAAUUUGUUAAAACUUGUUUCUUAUAUAUAACAGAAUGUUGUGCCUUAUCACCAAGGAGACGCGUUUGUGCUUGAUAUGUAACACAUAAAACGCGCGUAACAAUUUAUAUUUAGACAGGUUUGGUACAACGUCCUGUUUCCCUCGAAUGUUGACGCUAUAACGUCACCCUUAUUUGUUAUUUUCUAAAAUUUAAAAAUUGUGGGCGAAUAAAAUUAAAAACAAAAGCGUGUUGGUGUGAACUGUAUAUCUAUAUAUUCGUUUCUUAGUUAGGACUAUUCAGAACUCGUAUCGUAUGUUCUGGUUUCUCAAAAACAGAUUUUGUUAACAAAAAACGCCUUAUCGGUAAUCUUUGAUCUACUUAAGUUUAUUUCAAGGUUGUGUUCUCACGAGGAAAAAGUUUUUUAUGUAUGAUGACAAUUUGCGCCAUGUACAAGUUUUUUUAUAUUAUUUAAUUCAACUUUAUGCAAUUUUUGUCCGGUGAAUUGUUUUAAAACAUGAAUUCACCAGGCUACCGAUUUUAUAAAGACACCUCGGGCACGUGACAAAAUUUUAAAAGGAUAGUUUUUGUUCCCACAAUCAGGGCCAAGGUUUGGCUGCCGUAACUUUAAUCUCGGGUUUUAAAAAACAAAAUCGAAAACGAAAGCUUGUUCAAGAUGGCGAUCCGAAAUGCUACAUCCGCUUAAAAAAUUUUGCUUUUAUGAUGGAGGAUUUAAAUAUAAUAGUUAAGGACGUUCUGCAUUCAUACUUCCGUCCUAAACACAAAGAAAUCAAGAGCCAGUUAAAAGACAAUCUCUCCCCCGUAUCGACAAAUGAUUCUCGUUUUUGUUGUUGGCAUUAGCUAGCUAGCUAGCAUUUAUGUGUUAUCUACUAUCAAUUGUUUCCAGGAGGAACCACGACGGAAUGAUGCAGCUUCCAUUUUAGCUAGCUACGAAAACCUUUUUUUUAACCUUUGGGUAUAAAUCAAAUAUUUCAGCAACUGAGCUACUGAUCCUCAGAGAGUUGGUUUGAGGGAAGUUGUUUUGAAGAAAGUUGGUUUGAAAAAAGAACACUUUAGUGCUGGGUUUUUUUACCAUGCUGCAUAACACCACCAUUACUCCAUAUCCUCUGCCAACUACAGAAACUCCCCUCCAAAAACUCAUAAGUUCGCCAUCCUCCUUGUAGCCAUAAAUCUACAUUUUUGGAUUUUACUAAAGCGUCCAUAACUCCCCUAUGUAUUAUUUCUUUUGGAAUGUGUCUAAGUUGGUAGUUUUAGAUGAAAUAAAACACUGUUUUAACAUUUUAUCUGGUUAUUAGUAAUUUCUUUUACUACUUUUGUUGGUUAUCUUAAUACAGUAUCUUGCUAUUUAUUGUCUCCUUAUGAUUUUUUCCUUAACACUUCUAUUCACAUUGUUUGAGUAUUUUAUUUUGCUGGCAAUUUUGUUUACCUGCGUCGUAAUGGCUAUUGAUGCUCCACUUCCUGAAAAUGAUAAGUCAGAAAUGAAUAAGAUAGCGAACCAAAUUGAAUACUAUCUUCUUGGUAUAUUUUGCUGUGAAGCUGUCUUAAAAAUCUUGGCAAUGGGAUUGUUGCUUCAUCCUCAUUCAUACCUAAGAAGUGUAUGGAACAUCCUAGACUUCGUUGUCGUUGUUACAGGAUUACUUACUGUGAGUGAUUUUCUUGGCAGUAAAGUAAAUAUCAAGCCACUACGAGCUGUCAGAGUUUUGCGGCCACUGAAACUUAUUUCUGGAAUUCCAAGUCUUCAAGUUGUCAUGACGUCAAUUGUCAGAGCAAUGUUUCCAUUGUUACAAGUCCUCUUCCUGGUUGUCUUUGUCAUUAUUAUAUACGCUAUCAUAGGUUUAGAGUUUUUUGUUAAAAGAUUCCACUAUAGCUGUUACAGUAAUGACACAAAAACAUUUGACAAUUUUCCAUGCGACUCAUCAUUAACAACCGAGACAUUUUACUACGUGCAUGGAAGAAAAUGCCCAGAAAAUCGUCAAUGCAUGCGUUACUGGACUGGGUUAAACUAUGGCAUAACUUCUUUUGAUAACAUCUUUCUUGCAAUGAUCACAGUGUUUCAAUGUAUAACUAUGGAAGGCUGGACUGAGAUUAUGUAUCAUACAUUCUAUAGUAUGGAUGAGAGUGGUUACAUCUAUGCGAUAUAUUAUAUAUCUCUCAUUGUGAUUGGUUCAUUCUUUAUGUUGAACCUUGUGCUUGGUGUUCUUAGUGGGGAAUUUGCAAAAGAAAGAGAAAAAGUUGAGAACCGAAGGGCGUUUUUAAAGCUUCGAUAUGAGCAGCAAUUGGAUAGGAUAUGUGAAGCAUAUUUAAAUUGGAUUUUAAAAGGAGAGGAUGCAUUAGUUCAAGAGCAAAGUGAACAGAACGUGCAAUCAACAGAAGCUAUGCAGGACAUAAAUGAAAGUGUUAUUGUAAAUCCAGCUUUAGUGUUUACCUCAUCACGAGAGUAUCGUGUAAAAAUUGGUGACCACCACAAAUCGAAAUUUGAUAGACUGAUGAUACGUAUUAAAAUGAUGCGUAUUAAGCUAAGGGCGAUAGUUAAACAUAAUUAUUUUUUUUGGUUUGUUGUUUUUAUGGUUUUUAUAAAUACAAUCAUAAUGGCAACGAGACAUUAUCAACAACCAGAUUGGUUAACCGAUGUUCAACAAUACGCUGAAAUUGUGUUUGUCUCAAUUUUUACCUUGGAAUUAAUAAUCAAGCUGUUUUCUCAUGGCUUUGUUUUGUACUGCAGAUCUCUUUUUAACGUAUUCGACCUAGUUGUUGUUGUCUUGAGCAUAAUGGAAAUCAUCUUAAACAAAACUGUCGGAGAUAUCAACUUGGGGCUAAGUGUACUUAGAUGCCUUCGCUUGUUAAGAGUUUUCAAAGUCACAAAAUACUGGUCAUCCUUGCGUAAUCUGGUGACAUCAUUAAUGAAUGCAAUGAAAUCAAUAUUAAGUUUAAUGUUCCUUUUAUUCCUGUUCAUUGUGAUAUCAGCCUUGUUAGGCAUGCAGUUGUUUGGUGGCAAGUUUGUGAAGUUGAAAAUAUUCCCAAGAACGAACUUCGAUACAUUCUCUGAUUCAUUACUUGCAGUUUUUCAGGUAAUAACAGGAGAAGACUGGAACACAGUUAUGUAUGAUGGUAUGAUGGCUUAUGGUGGUCCCAAAACAGUUGAGGGAGUCCUGUGCUCACUCUAUUUCAUCUUUUUAGUAAUAUUUGGAAAUUAUACGCUACUAAAUGUAUUUCUUGCCAUUGCUGUUGACAAUUUAACUAAUGCAGAGAUUCUUACACACGAUGAAGAAGCUGAAGAAAAUAAAAAGCGAACAGCCCAGUUAACAAACUUGUUGGAAGCUAACCAAAGCUUGAGUCAAAAAGCAAAUGUAUUUGUCAAUAAUUUACAGUCUAGAACUUUAAAGGAUGAUGAAGAUACCAACUCAAGCAGUAGCGAUGGCGGAAUUAAUUUAAAUGGAAAUGCACCUCGUGCUGAAGCAGAUCUGGGAUAUGGAAGUAAAGAAGAGAUCCACAAAAAUGUAAAUGCUAAUGGCAAUGCCAUAACUACGAGUCCAACUAUUGUAACGAAUGGCAACGCGUUACCUAUUUUGUCUACACCAAAUACAGCUCGUCGUGGUUCACAUGGUAUGUUCGAACAGGUCCUACUAAAUAAUGAAGAAGAUAAACCCAAUAAAGUAAACGCAGAAAAAUACAUCAACACAAUACAGAAAAAGUGGUUAGCAAUAGUUGAUUACAAUACUGAACAUCCUGAUGCUUUUAUAAAUCCCCAUGCUCAAAAUGGAUCUCGAAAGUCUAGCGUGGCAAGUUAUGCAGAUGAUGAGCAAAGAGAUACUGAUUCAAAUGAACUGAAAUCAGAUGAAGAAGACAUUGAGGAACAGAUACAACAUCAAGGGAUGCUCAAUGUGUUGAAAGUGAAUGUAACAAAUAGAAGAAGAAUCAUAAAAGCUGUUCCCAUGGUUCAGAAAUCAUCAUUAUACAUUUUUUCACCACAGAAUAGGUUUCGUAUAGCAUGCCACAAAAUCGUCCAUUUCCGAUAUUUUGAUUGGUUCAUCAUGGCAGUCAUAUUAAUGAGUUCCAUAACACUUGCAAUUGAAGAUCCCGUCAAUGAUAAUGCAAAUAUUAAUAAGAUUCUUCAUUACUUUGAUUACUUUUUCACAAUUGUGUUUGGAAUUGAAGUUUUAUUAAAGAUAAUUGAUAAUGGUCUUAUUUUACACAAAGAUGCAUAUUUAAGAAAUCCAUGGAAUAUGCUGGACGCAUUUGUGUUUGCAUGUAAUUUAACGUCAAUCAUUUUAAGUCGUAUAAGUUCAACUCGUAAUGCUAGUCAAAUUAUUAAAACGUUGAGAGUGUUAAGAGUGCUUCGUCCAAUCAAAGCAAUCCACAAAGUUAAGAAACUGAAGGCUGUUUUUCAAUGUAUGGUGUAUUCACUAAAGAACGUUACAUUUGUCUUAAUCAUCACGUUUAUCAUUCUCUUCAUUUUUGCAUGCAUUGGAGUUCAACUGUUUCAGGGCAAAUUUUUCUACUGCACUGAUCCAUCCAAAAUGACCAGAGAGGAAUGCCAGGGUAGCUACUAUGUGUUUCCAAAUGCCACCAGUGUUGUUAAAAAUUCUCCAGAGGUAAGGGAACGAAUAUGGAAGCGGUAUGAUUACCACUUUGACAACAUUGUUGAAGCUCUGCUCACUCUCUAUACAAGCUCCACCGGAGAAGGAUGGCCUACCUCCAUGCAUCAUACAAUGGAUGCAACUGAGGUCGAUAAAGGACCGAUCACUAGUAACAAUCCUCAUAUGGCAAUCUAUUACAUCAUCUUUGUCGUCAUCUUCACCUUCAUGAUCAUCAAUAUAUACAUUGCCUUGAUUAUCCUGACCUUCCAACGUCAAGGUGAAAAGGAAAUUGAAGGUGGUCUUGAUCGUAACCAGCGAGAUUGCUUACAAUUUGUAAUGAACGCUAAUCCUCGACAAAGGUACAUGCCAGCCAAUAAAAAUUCGUUGUCCUAUCGUGUUUGGUACAUUGUCGAUUCGAGUCCAUUCGAGUACUUCAUAAUGACGCUAAUUAUUUUGAACACUGUUCAAUUAAUGAUGAAGUAUGAUGGUAACCCGGAGCCAUACAAAGAGAUGCUGAGAUCAUUAAAUAUCGCUUUUACUGCCUUGUUUUGUAUUGAAGCUGCCUUGAAGAUUAUAGCUUAUCGACUGAAUUAUUUUAAAGACCUGUGGAAUUUAUUUGACAUUGCUGUUAUUCUCGGUAGUUUGUUAGACAUCAUCCUCACAUACAAAUCAGCGAAUUUAAAGUUUAUUGAUCCCAGUAUGUUUCGAUUAUGUCGUGCUGCACGCAUCGUCAAGUUAUUGCGUAAAGGCGCCUCCAUUAGAGUCAUGUUAUGGACGUUCCUGCAAUCAUUUAAGGCACUACCUUAUGUGACAGCGCUUAUAAUGUUGUUGUUCUACAUCUACGCCAUCGUUGGUAUGCAGACAUUUGGUAAGAUCAAAUUAGACAAUGACACACACAUUCACAAAUACAAUAACUUUCAAGGAAUUAUUCAAGCUCUUCAAGUCCUCCUAAGAUGUUCAACCGGUGAAAGUUGGAGUUCGUUAAUGUCUUCGUGCUACAGUGACGCACCGUGUGAAGAAAAAUAUCAUGCUGGACAAACAGGCUGUGGAAACACAUGGUUGGCACGUGCAUACUUUUCGUCGUUUAUCUUCUUUUGUAUGUUCUUGUUACUCAAUCUUUUCGUGGCUGUCAUCAUGGACAAUUUUGAAUAUCUUACACGGGAUAGCUCCAUAUUGGGUCCACAUCACUUAGAUGAGUUUGUUCGGUGUUGGUCUGAGUUCGAUCCAAGUGCGAUUGGCAGUAUACCACACGAGUUGCUGUAUAGUAUGCUUUGUCAUUUGUCUCCACCUGUUGGUUUUGGAAAGAGAUGUCCCAAAGAGAUAGCGUACAAGCGUUUAAUACGAAUGAACAUGCCGAUCCAAAAGAACGGCACAGUUUCGUUUCAUACGACACUUCUCGCGUUGAUUCGAACAAGUUUAGACAUCUAUGUGAAAGGGAAUAUGUUUGACAACGAUAAAGAGUUACGAAGAAUCCUUACGACACUAUGGCCGAAAGCUUCGACGAGAAAGUUAGAAAAGAUUUUACCCAAACUAAAACCAGGUGACGACAGUUUGUUAACUGUUGGUAAGAUCUACUGCGUCCAACUUAUCGUGAUGAAGUACCGAUCAUCAAAAAUGAAAGGUUUUGCUGAUGCAGUCGUACGCAAAAAGGAAUCGCCGUCCGUCUUAAAAAGGUUGAACACACUUCUUUCAUCCUUCCGCAAAAGUCGAGGGAAAAAGCCAGCAAACGUCACACCAAAUGGACUAGAACUGAAGACAAAUUCAAACGUAAAACGUCAUCAAACUUUCUCAGCUGUCUAUUGGAGGAAAAAAAUGACUCAGCAUGAUAAUCCACAUCAUACCCGCGAUAAACAACUGAGAAGACGAUCUUCGUGGAGUGACUUACCAAGUUUUUUUAAGUUCAACAAGGAAAGUAAUAUCGCGACCACUCAAAGUGGGAAGGAUCCAAUUCAUAAAGACGUUCCGACGAAAACAGUUGUAUCUGCAAGUAAUGCUGCCACAAAAACUAACUCAUUGUCACCGACUUAUAACAAAACGUCCAAGCAACACCUCCCAAUCGUAUCACGCACGCCAAGUUUACGAACGAAUUCGAACGGGAAUGUUAUCGUGCCCCAUCGUAGAACAGCGCCUGGUCAAUCUUUACAAUAUGACUCGAUAAACAAAGCGUCAUCUGUGCGGUAUCAACCGAAUAAACCUGUCGCGACGAGACCGUUAUAUUCACACUCUGCUCCUACCACACCUAGAGGUUCUCACGGAGCUGUGCAUUUGCAACACAGCAGGCAGAAUGGAGACCUUAGACAUCAAAGUCAAGGUUCACCCUCAGCUCGACGUAUCAACCAGUCCUUUAGCGUUCCCGUAAAUGCUUCUCAUAGAAGAGUUGCCUCGCAUUCAGGCUCAGGUUUGGUAGAGAUCAACUCGCGUGAUCCACAUUAUAUGAACAAUUAUAAACAGAGCAAUUACAGCAACGAUCCCAGACAUGAUAGUAGGGUUGAUAGUUUAAAGUAUGACUUUCAGCAUCAUGACAGUAGGCCGAGGACUUUAUCUGAUCCGCGCAAAACACAGCAUUAUAGACAAGAACUGUCGAAAGAAAAUUUAGAAACAUUUAACCACUACGAUGGAGGACAAUACGAACCUCCUUCUGAUAGGCGGAAUUACAGAGAUAGUACCACUCGUACGUCGAGGUAUGUUUUAGACAGUAGACAUGGAACGAACCAAUCAGAUAACCGCGUUGCGUUAUAUCCUCACGAAGACAAUAGGUAUAAUAUUUACGAUCCACGGUCUUCUCUAGAAAAUAGAUUAGAUAGUAGAGGUUAUCCGAAGGCAAAUGCGGAUUCCAAUUUUAAGCCUAUAGACGAUAAUUUUGCGAAUAUCCACAGUAGUGACAACAACAGCAAUUACGAAUAUCGCGCCUCAAUUGGUGACGCAUACCGGACACAUGGAGGACAGGCUUCUCCGCAGAAACAUGGCUAUAGAACGGAAUAUAUGACACCCAUGAUGAAUGACAACCAACAUCGUCAUCAGAAAGAUAGAAGACCGUACUCACCGAGAAGGAACGGCAAUUCUAUAGGUGAUAGAACUUCGCCUCGCAGCUAUUACGCUAAUGAUAACGAAUUGCUGAAUGGAAUGCCAUCCCAACAAUAUUACGACAGCAUGAUAUCUCAAAUUAACAACCAAAUAGCACGUGUGAGUGAGGGUGGCGUCGCCAGUCAGCAGCCAUUUAAAACCGUUGCAGGAGUGUCAAAUGUGGCAACGAAUGUCGAUGAUGAUGACAAUGAAUGGUGCUGAUGUUCUCCUCCACGGGGUAAAAUUUAAAUGCUCACCUUCGCGGUGAUUUAAGUGGCGUAUGCAGUGCGACCAGGUUUUUGUACUAGAGAUGAAUCUCUCAGAAAUAAUGUAAAAGCGAAAAAUGUUUAAACGUUAUGAAAACACAAACAGCUGCUGUUUUCUUGAAAUAAAAGAUAGUUAUUAUUGUUGUCGUGGAGAAAAAGAAGGAAUUUAUUUUCAAUUGUAAAUAAACUAUGCAAAUAAUAAUAAAUAAUAAUAAUAAUACAUCAAAAAUAAAA